GAAUGGGGUUUCAUUUCUGCAGAGAAGGUGGGGCAUCAGGCCAGGGGCAGCAGGGGACAGAGACUCGGGCAGUCCCUGGCCCCACCAAUGGUUUGACUCAGAGAUCCUCUCAGAGCAGGAUCCCAUGGCCACAUGCUUGGGCAGCUGUGCGCACUGAGGGGAAAGCGCGAGUGCCACAGCGUCAGAGCUCCAGGGCCACCUGGUGGACAAAGAACUCCACUGCCUGGACAAGCAAGGAGCGCCACUCCCCCAGCAGUGCUCUGAGGUGCAAGGCUGGAAGCCAGAGAGAAGAGCUGUUGGCUGCAAAGAAGACUCACACCUCACAAAUUGAAGUGAUCCCUUGCAAAAUCUGCGGGGACAAGUCGUCUGGGAUCCACUAUGGGGUUAUCACGUGUGAGGGGUGUAAGGGCUUCUUCCGCCGGAGCCAGCAGUGUAAUGCGGCCUACUCCUGCACCCGCCAGCAGAACUGCCCCAUCGAUCGCACUAGCCGAAACCGCUGCCAGCACUGCCGUCUGCAGAAGUGCCUAGCACUGGGCAUGUCUCGAGAUGCUGUCAAGUUUGGCCGAAUGUCCAAGAAGCAAAGGGACAGCCUGCAUGCUGAAGUGCAGAAACAGCUGCAGCAGCAGCGGCAGGAGCAAGUGGCCAAGACCCUACGUGCCGGGGGCCAAGGAGCUGACGCCCUCACUUGCCCCUUGGGGCUACCCGACGGGCAGCUGCCCCUGGGCUCCUCACCUGACCUACCUGAGGCCUCUGCCUGUCCUCCUGGUCUCCUGAGAGCCCCAGGCUCCGGGCCCUCCUUCUGCAACAGCUUGGCCAAGGCCAAGCUCAACAGGGCCUCAUACCACCUCGAAUACAGCCCUGAGCGGGGCAAGGCUGAGGGCACAGAGAGCUUCCAUAGCACAGGCAGCCAGCUGGUGCCUGUCAGAUGUGGACUUCAUUUUGAGGGCCCCAGGCAUCCUGGGCUUGGGGAACCAGGACAGGGACCAGACAGCUACUGUAGCCCCAGUUUCCACAGCACCCCAGGGGCACCUUAUGCCUCCCUGACAGAGACAGAGCACCUGGUGCAGAACGUUUGCAAGUCCUACCGAGAGACAUGUCAGCUGCGGCUGCAGGACCUUUUGUGUCAGCGCACCAACGUCUUCUCCCGGGAGGAGGUGGCUGGCUACCAGAGGAAGUCCAUGUGGGAGAUGUGGGAACGCUGUGCCCACCACCUCACAGAGGCCAUUCAGUACGUGGUGGAGUUCGCAAAGAGGCUCUCAGGCUUUAUGGAGCUCUGCCAGAAUGAUCAGAUCGUGCUACUCAAAGCAGGAGCGAUGGAAGUGGUGCUGGUCAGGAUGUGCCGGGCCUACAAUGCUGACAACCACACAGUCUUUUUUGAAGGCAAAUACGGUGGCAUGGAGCUGUUCCGCGCCUUGGGCUGCAGCGAGCUCAUCAGCUCCAUCUUUGACUUCUCCCGUUCCCUGAGUGCCUUGCACUUUUCCGAGGAUGAGAUCGCCCUCUACACAGCCCUUGUCCUUAUUAAUGCCAACCGACCAGGGCUCCAGGAGAAAAGGAAAGUAGAACAGCUGCAGUACAACCUGGAGCUGGCCUUCCAUCAUCAUCUCCACAAGACUCAGCGCCAAGGCAUCCUGGCAAAGCUGCCACCCAAGGGGAAGCUUCAGAGUCUGUGUAGCCAGCAUGUGGAGAAGCUUCAGACCUUCCAGCAUCUCCACCCCAUCGUGGUCCAAGAUGCUUUUCCCCCACUCUACAAGGAACUCUUCAGCGCUGAAACUGAGUUGCCUGAGGGGCUGUCCAAGUGACUGAGGAUGGACUCCUUUCCCCUUCCUAGAGCCUGCUGGGCCACCUCCCUGGACCCCCUCUCACCCUCAGCCUUUUCCUUUCCUGUGCCCCCAGGAGGGUGGUCCCUGUCUAGUCUUUGGGGGUGAGCAAAUGCUGAGACUGGCUUUCUGCCCAUAGCUUUCCUGGCAGUGGGCCGAGCCAGAGGCUGGGGUGGAGGAACCCCAUCUCCUGCCUUCACUUUGCUCUGUCUCCUUUCCCAUGCUCCAUCACCCCCAGCUUCUGGGAGGCCUGGGGUGGAUAUAAGGACCUCUAGGAGGACCAAGUUGUCCUUAGGGCAACAGGAGGAUCUGGGACACACUGGAUGAAUGGAACUCAUCUUUGGGCUCAGAAGCUAAGAAUAGGCCUUUGAAAUACCUCAUUGCAUUUCCCUGUGGGCUUCAGCUGAGGUAGAUGCAUCAAGCUCAGAGACUGGCCUCUGGAGCCCAGAAGGACUUGUGUGUAACAUGAAUCAGGAUCUUUAGAUUUUCUGCCUUCCCCCUUCCUCCCAGCUCAGCAAGGAAGUGGUUGGGUACCCUGUCCUCUUCCUGGGGCCUAAAAACAAACUGGAUUUAUGGAGGGUAAGGAUGGGGUAGGGGUAAAGGGCUGGGGAUAAUUUUUUAUGGGGUUUGGGUAUAGCGACAGGGUACAAUGAAGGUCAAGAGCAUCACAGGCAGACAAAGAGAGUUAGAACUCAAACCUCUUAUGUGCACUUUAAAAAUCAACUUUAGGGGUUAGCACAAAUCUGAUCAGAGAUACAUGUCCACAUUACAGAUGGAAACACAUAUUCACAGACUCAACCUGCAACUAUGUGGUUCUAUAGAUCCACAUUUAAUCUUACAAUCUCUGAUUUCCUUGAGGACACAGCUCAGAGAAGUUUAGUGGCCUCAGGGAAGAGUCCCAAUUCUGAGGGGGCCUCAGAAUACUUCCAUGGUGCCCCUGGGGUGGUCCAAACUCUAUCCCAGCCCCAGCUGCCUCCCAUCAUGAGAAACCCAGAGAGACGCAGAAAUGUCUGGACACUGCUCAGUCAAAAAGGCCAAGGACAGACCCUCAGAGGACUGUCUGGGCCCUGCCUUCCAGCCUUGCUUUCAUGGAGAAAAGAGGCAGAUGUAAUCCCACUGCUCUGUGGCUGGGCACCAGCAGGGAGAAGGAGACCAACAAGCAGGGCAGAGACCUGCGAUCCCACCCCAGAACUUCUCUUGGCUUUAUAAAUAGCUGUGAGCCCUCUUCUGAGGGAUAAACAGCAGAUGGUAGGGAGAGAGUAUGCUCCUGUAGGAGGAGGGGUUUAGUUGGGUGAACAUAAACCCCAACUUGUGCCAUUCCUUAUAAAAUGAUUUUAAAGGCCAGAAGUGAUAUGUCUGAGGGUCAUGGGAGCCUUAAAUAGGAUUACCUACAUGCUGCCCUCCAGUCUCAUUCCUGUGUGGAGAGACCUAGGUUGCCAAUCCAGCAAUCCAUCCAUUGCAAGAGCAUAAAGAUUCUAGCACUGGCUCUGAGCAGUUCCCCAAUGAGGCUUGGAGCUUAUCCAAAGGAACCCCCACCAGAGUCUCCAACUUAGCUCCAGGGCAGAUGCUCUGGACUGAGAACUUUCCCUACAGAUGAUACCCACAGGGGACACUUAGACUGAGUUGUUGCACAGAAUUGCCCCACAUCUGGGGAACCAAAAGACAACCUAAAGGAAGUGCUUGGCCCCAGAGCACCCCAAAGGGGAAUCAAGAUGUCCCAGAGACCCUUUUAGGUGGCCCAGCAGCCUCUACCUCCUAACUCCUCCUGGGACUCCAGAGCCUCCCUCUGAACUUCCUCCCCCGACUUGCCAUCCUGUAGUGGUGCUUGCUGCAGCAGCGGGGUUGCUGCAGACUCAUUCUUGCCGGGUUUUAAAGAGAGAGAGUUAAAAAAA